UGUAUCCUAGUAUGGGUCAUCGAGUCAAUUAGAAACUCAGGCGCUUGGAAAAAGGGCAAAAAGAGGCCAACUUCCUUUAUCGCAACCAAGGAAAGAAGAUCACGGGUGAGAACAUCUCAGGCUGCAAAGAGAUCAUGGGCUAUGCAGCAGUUUAUGACCGUAAUCUCAAACAAGCAAAGCACGAGAGAAGCAAAAGGUGUCACAGUCCACUUCGCAUCCCUUCAUAUCCAAGCCCGCAAUAGUGAUCAUGAAGCUAAUUGUUCUUUCCCCUCUUUCUAUUGUUCUCUACUC